AUUGGAGGUUACUUAUGGUGCGUAAUUGUUUGUAGGUUCAUGGCCAUGAAGGUGACCCAGAGGUGGGGAAAGUACCUGAAGAGGAGCGCUCGAGAGCCGCCAACAUGAGGAGCUAUAAAACACGGCCAGUGCGCGUCGUGUUGCGACGUGUGAUGGUCAUCAUGAUAAUCAGUGCUAUUUUAGCUGCUGUCGCGGCGCUCGUAUGGUACUUCUUGGGAUGGCAAUCCGUGGUGCAACUGGUCCUCGUUGCUAUCGUCGCGUAUUUGGCCACAGGAAAGUACAAAUGGUUCGUCGUCGCUAUCAAAACGGCUCCAAGGGACAUUAGAGCGUUAUUUGGAUAUAUAAGACUUUUGAUUCAAAUUAAGGGAUAUCAAAGGAAAAAUCUUAUAUUAGCUGAUAUAUUCCAGCAGCAUGUCAAGAAACAUCCAAAUAAAACUUGUAUCAUAUACGAUGAUCAGGAGUGGACGUUCGCCGAGGUGGAAGAGUACAGUAAUAAAAUAGCCAAUGUAUUUAAAAGUCACGGUUACAAGAAGGGAGACAUCGUCGCUUUGUAUUUGGAGAACAAACCCGAAUACAUUUGCACGUGGCUGGGAUUAUCAAAACUAGGCGUUAUAGUUCCUUUAAUAAACACCAAUUUGAGACUUAAUUCGUUAGUGCAUUCCAUUACCGUGGCCAAGAGUCAAGCAGUCAUUUUCGGAGCAGAAUUAUCGCAAGCCGUCAAAGAUGUCCUGGAUAAAAUCGAAUCCAAGGUGGCCCUUUACGAAUUGACCAGCUUGAGAGAGCAGCCGCAUCCUUUGCAUACUAGUUUCCAAAAUUUGAACGCCCUUUUAGCAGAAGCUAAUCCAACACCGCCGACCAUCACAGAUAAAGUAGGAUAUCACGACAAUUUGGUUUAUAUCUACACUUCCGGGACAACAGGAUUGCCAAAAGCGGCCGUGAUCAGCAAUUCACGGUAUAUAUUUAUCGCCGCAGCGAUUCACUGGUUGGCUAGAUUCAAGAGUUGCGACAGAUUUUACACUCCGUUACCCUUGUAUCAUACAGCUGGAGGUUGCAUGUCCACGGGGCAGAUGCUGAUAUUCGGAAGCACUCUAGUCAUAAGAAAGAAAUUCUCCGCUUCUUCCUAUUUCACUGAUAUUCGAAAGUACGACUGCACCGUCGCCCAAUAUAUCGGAGAAAUGUGUCGAUACAUUCUGGCAGUUCCCAGCAAUCCAGAUGAAUCAAUCCACAAGCUACGGUUAAUCUUCGGGAAUGGACUGAGGCCACAAAUCUGGACAGAGUUCGUAGAUCGCUUCCAGAUUCCUAGAGUGGCAGAGUUCUACGGUGCCACAGAAGGCAAUGCGAAUAUCGUUAACGUUGAUAAUACUGUUGGUGCAAUUGGAUUCAUUUCCCGAAUUAUUCCUGCGGUAUAUCCAAUCAGCAUAAUUAAAGUGGAUCCUACAACCGGCGAACCAAUCAGAGAUGCUCAUGGUCUGUGUAUGCUCUGCAAGGCGAACGAACCGGGCGUAUUCAUUGGUAAAAUUAUCCCUGGAAAUCCUUCGCGCGCUUUCUUAGGGUACGUGGACAAAGAAGCAUCCCAGAAAAAGAUCGUUCACGACGUAUUCAAAAAAGGCGAUUCGGCAUUCCUAUCGGGCGAUAUUCUCGUCGCCGAUGAAUUGGGCAACUUAUUUUUCAAAGACAGAACCGGUGAUACAUUCAGGUGGAAAGGAGAGAACGUGAGCACUUCGGAAGUCGAGGCGGUAUUGAGUAAUUUGGCAGCUUAUAAAGACGUAGUUGUUUAUGGCGUAGAGAUUCGUGGCCAGGAGGGUAGAGCUGGUAUGGCUGCGAUUUUGGAUCCAGAAGGCACUUUGGAGUUCCGCGGCUUAGCUGAUGGUAUAAAGAAAGGACUACCUUCGUACGCACGACCUAUAUUUAUUCGAACCCUAACUAAACUCGAUAUGACUGGCACAUACAAACUAAAGAAAGUGGAUCUGCAAAAGGAAGGAUUUGAUCCUAAAGCUAUUACUGAUAAUAUAUAUUACCUGGACAACAGCGGCCAGUAUCAACACUUAACUCCAGAAGUGUACGCUAAAAUUAACGAUGGAUCGAUCAGACUUUAGUUGACUAUCUCUGUAUAUGUGAUCUUAUAUUUAUAUUUACAUUAAAUAAAAUUGAAAUAUAUUGUUAUAAUAUAUAUAUACACA